AAUCAAUCUUGGCUCAAACACCAGCCCAGCCCAACCCAGCCGACUGUAAACAUGAUGAGGCUUUAUCUAAUCUCCACAGCAUUCGGUUUGAUCAGUUGUAGUUUGACUAGCCAACGUUCAAGAUGUCGGCAAUUGCAGCAGCAAUGGCCACAAUGGCCGCUCAGUGCCCCACAGCGAGUGUGGGAACUUUGAAUACCCUGGUGACAAUGCUGGUUGAAACCAUUCUAACAGCCCAAUGCAAUUUGGAAAGCAAGGAUAUGCUUGUAGAGGAUUACGCCGAUGAGGCUUUGGCCAAGGGUCUGGAGACUUUUGAUUUUGUUAUAAUUGGUGCAGGAACAGCGGGUUCGGUUUUGGCAAGUCGUCUAAGUGAAAAUUCGGAUUGGAAGGUGUUGGUGUUGGAGGCUGGCGGUGAUCCUCCACAGGAAUCAGAGAUUCCCGGUUUCUUCUACAAUCUUCAACAUUCCCCCUAUACCUACAACUAUUAUGUGGAACCUGGUCACCGCUCCUGCAAGGCCUUUGGCAAUGGCACCUGCUAUUGGCCCCGUGGCAAAGGCAUAGGCGGUUCCGGCAUGGUCAAUGGCCUUAUGCAUGUCACCGGCACUCGUGGCGAUUAUGACAAUUGGCUGGCCUUAAAUAUCACCGGCUGGGGUUUCAAUGAUUUAUGGCCGUAUUUUGAGAAAGCUACUACACCCCAAGGCAAUGACACCUAUCCCAAGGGUUAUGUGCCCGUCGAUGGCAUCUUUCCCUUUUCUCAGGAAAACACUCUGAUGAUCUUUCAAGCGGCCCAUGAAAUGAAAAAAUCCAUAUUAGGCAGCUUUGAAUUCGACAACAUGCUGGGCUAUUCUCGCAUGCAGGGUACUGUGGAAAAUGGUCAUCGCAUGAGUUCGGGAAAGGGCCACUUGGCUCGGGUGGCUCAGCGUAAAAAUCUGAAGGUUAUUAAAAAUGCCCAAGUGACAAAGCUAAAUUUUGAUGAGAGUGGCAAGCGAGUGACUUCAGUGGAUUUUGAAUUAAGGCAACAUCAUAAUCUCAGUGUUAAAGUGGGCCGUGAGGCCAUAGUGUCGGCAGGUGCCAUAGAUACACCAAAAAUUCUAAUGCUUUCGGGGCUGGGGCCUGCCGAAGUGUUAAAACCUUUAAACAUUUCCCAGCUACGCGAUUUACCUGUAGGCCAAAAUCUACAGGACCAUGCUGUGGCGGUAUUCUUUGCCAAAUUUGAGGCUGAACCUGUGCACCAAAUGGAAGCCUUCGAAGACCUUUACCAAUAUAUGCUCUUCAGUACAGGUCGUUGGUCUAGCAUUGGGGAUAUGGGCACUGCAGGUUUCAUACAACUGGAUCCAGCAUCUCGCGAUGACUCCCAACCGGAUCUUCAGAUAAUCCAUAAUGUUUUUCGCCGAGGCGAUGCCAACACCCUCAAUACAUUCCUGAGUGGCCUUGACCUCAGGGAUGAUCUCAAAAAGUAUUUGCUCAUAACCCUAGAGGACCAUUCGAUUUUUAUGGGCUUCAUAUUGCUGGCCCAUCCUAAAUCGAGGGGCUCUAUUACAAUAAAAUCCCAAAGCCAUCUAGAUGAUCCCAUUAUAAAUGCCAACUAUUUUAAUCAGACCGAGGAUAGUGAAAAGCUUAUCCAGGGCCUGCAGUAUAUGGAGAAAUUUGUCAAUACCAAAAGUUUUCAAAGAAUAGGAGCAAGUGUGGUGCAAUUACCCAUAAAAGAAUGCAAGCAGUAUGAGUUCAAGAGCAAACCCUAUUGGCAGUGCUAUUUGAGAUUCCUUAGCACCACUUGUUAUCAUCCCGUGGGUACUUGCAAAAUGGGAGCCUCCGAAGACAUCACUGCUGUAGUAGACCCCAGACUUAUGGUUAAAGAGAUGGAGAAUUUGCGAGUAGUGGAUGCCUCCAUAAUGCCCUUGAUAACCAGUGGCAAUACCAAUGCUCCCACCUUGGCCAUAGCCGAGAAGGCCGCAGACCUAAUCAAAGAGGAUUGGUUAAAUAAAAAUGCUCCUUGAGGUAUAUGAAGCCUGGCUCUAAGAAAAUAGACGAAUUUAAUUCCGCAUAAGGAGGUUUUCCUGCUCCGUGAUCACUAACCUUGCAAAUUGGUUGUUUAGGUAUUUAUUAUGAUUAGAAUUUAUGUUAAUUUUAAG